AAUCUGAGGCGCAGGCUAAUACUCAAACUCGACUUGAACUUAACUCCUGAUGAAAACCAUGCUAAAUAGACUAACUGUUCUCCUGGUGUCCUGUGCUCUGUCAGCGUUGUUCUCCAGUGCUGCUGGUCUCCUGGAGGGACUCUACUGUGGCAAAGAGAGCUGCUAUGACGUUCUUCAAGUGGACAAAGAUGUCACAGCUGCGGAGAUCAGGAGAGCCUAUCGACACCUGGCACUAGAGUACCAUCCUGACAAGAACAAGGCUGAGGGCUCUAGGGAGAGGUUCCAGCUCAUUAGCACGGCCUACGAGAUACUAAAGGAUGAGGAGGAGAGAGCAAACUAUGACUACAUGCUUGAGAACCCUGAGCAAGUGUACCGUCACUACUAUCACUACUACCGUCGUCGAGUGACCCCCCAGGUGGACAUCCGAGUGGUUGUGGGUGUGGCCAUCAGCGUCAUCUCUCUGGUCCAGUACCUCGGCUGGUGGCACUCAUACAAUACAGCCAUCAGUGCAGCUCUUAGAAUGCCAAGAUAUCGUGGUAAGGCUAAGGAGCUGGCGGUGGAGAAGGGGUUGUUGAAGGAGGGUCAGAGACGGAAGGGCCUCUCAAGGGAGGAAAUAAAGAACGAGGAGGAAACUGUGCUACGGAGAAUUGUGGAGGAGAAUCUCAACAUUCUCGGUGGAUACAGUAAACCUGUGUUGUGGGAUGUGCUCUGGUUCAAGAUCGUGUUCAGUCCGUAUUACCUCCUACGCUACCUCUAUUGGUACGGCCGGUGGGUGUGGUUGUUCACGCUCCGUGGUCAGUCCUACGGCACUGAGGAGGUGGUCUAUCUCACGAGGAGACAGCUUGGACUAUCCAUCACUCAAUGGGAGUCUCUGGAGGAGGUCAAAAGGUUAGAGCUGGUGGACAGGAAGUUGUGGGAGGAGUCUAACUGGACUGAGUACAAGGAAGAAAGAGAAGAGGAAAGAAAGACGGCGCUGCUAGAUAAUUCCAAGUACAAGAAGUACAAGAGAUACAUGAAAAGCACUGGACAGAAAAGAGUCACCGCAAACAGUUAGGGACAAUCAGUUUGUAUAAAUUAUUUUGCUUCGGUUAAUUUACUCUAGGUAGAAUCAUUGAAACAAUCAUUGACAUGAUCCACACGCCUGGCGCAUGCGCACCAAGCCAUUGUGUUAGUAAGCAAUUUCAAUCACAAUUAUUAUUAAAUUUAUUAUACAUGUAAUUGUUUUCAUUUUUACAUAAUUUUUUACUUUAUUCUGUGUAAGAAAAGUGUAAGACAUCAUUGUUUCUAAGUAGA